GUCGCGGGCCUCGAGGCUGACGAUGCGAGCCUUGCCGAUGCUGCAGUUCCAGCCGCAGCUACGCUCUUGUGGGAGGGCUCCAAAGGCGACGCGAAGGUCAAGGUGACCGUCGUGAACAACCACAAGCAGGCCAAGCAGUGGAUUGUGAUCUGGGAGGGGUCCUCGCAGCGUUCUCAGCUCGUCGUGAAGGGGCCCGAGGAGAUUCAGAAGUACAAGGACUUCUUCGUCUCGCAGGCCAAGUUGUUCGCGGCGGGCUCCAUCGACAAAGAUGGCAUCGAGGACAGCAAACGGAAAUGGGUCAAGGAGAACACGAAGGCGAUGGCGACCCUGAAGCGUCCAGCAGCAGCAAAGCCCGCUGGUGGUGCAGGCGAUGCCGACGCUGAGGUCCCUGCGAACGACCCUCAGGAAGAUCAGGAUGAUGAGGAGGACUCCCAGGGUUCCUGUUCUGGAGAUGAUGGCGAACACGACGGUGAAACUGAAGACGGCGGCGACGCAGGUGAUGAGCACACCGUCCUGCGAAGGCCUGCCGCUGUGACGCCACCGACGCCAGCGCCCAACGCCCCGAGUGUGCCCGCAGAGAGCCCGAAGGCUGAGUCUGCAGCGAUCCCGAAGGCUCAGUCUGCAGCGAUCCCGAAGGCUCAGUCUGCAGCGAUCCCGAAGGCUCAGUCUGCGAUCCCGAAAGCUGCGAAGUCUGUACCGUCGACUCCGCCGCCGAGGGCUCCGAGGGAGCUCGUGCAGGAUGCGCCGUCACCGACGCAUAUCCCCGAGUGUGAUCCCAUCCCAGAGUCCGCGUUCGGGUGA